AUGAACGGCGAACGGAGGCUCCAUGCGGCAUGUGACCGUUGCCACGAACUCAAGAAUCGAUUGCCCGCAUGGGCCGACCGCGAUUAUCCCGACACACAGAUCGAUCCGUCUUCGGACCGGCCAAAGCAUGUGCGACAUGCUAAACGACGGGCUGUCCACUCGCGCGAUGGUCCUGGCGAGAAUCCUGUUCCACUUGCGACUGAACACAGGGACCGUCCUGUCGUGACCACGGAUACAUAUGCGCCAGGUCCGUUGGGUGGUUCAUGUGCUGAAAGUGGCCGGCCCGAGAGCGUGUCUGGCCCAGGCAGCCCGGACGACCUUGGACCAAUCUUGGGAAUCCUGGAUUCAAGCUUUGUUCCCGGAGAUAAAGACAUUGCUCCCUCAAGAAAUCAUUGGAAUCUGAGGCUAGAGUCUGCGGAUUUUGCAAGUCUGAUGCAUAACGAUCCACUGGGUGUACACGAAUAUCAACGCGAUCGAGGGCGUGACUACGAACCGAAUCACCCUGGUGAUUUCGGUACGAAGAUCUCACCUCAUCAGCCAAAAGGGCACGAUGACCUACCAAAGUCAGCCGAGGACAAAGCUCGAAAAGGCGAGGAUACUACGACCGUGAUUCCCGGCUCAGAUGAGCUUCUCCGGCUUUAA